GUAGAUAUACUCCCUCCGUCCCACUGUCUUUGUCCACUUAUCUUUUGGCACACCAUCCAAUGCACUUCUUUAAUCCAUUUUAUCUUGUAAUUUGUAUAUUAAAAAAUUAUAGAAAUUAUAUAUUAAUAAUCUAUAUGUUAAGACAAAUCAAACAAGAUCACACAUGACUAUAUUUAGGCUUACACAUUGAGAAAACUUGAUAAGUCAAAGAUGGAAGUUUUGAAAAUCCAAAAGGGUUUGAUGACCUCUUGCUUGGCAAGACGUAUAUUUUCAAAGUUGAGGCAAGGGCCAUGAACCGCGGCCAACAUGAACACUCUUUUAGAGUGUCAAAAAUAUGUCACGAUGAUACCAUCAAGAAAAAAUACCUGGAAUCUAUUCAUGCAAAAAAUUCAAAAGCUGCAGUUAAUAGCGCUAUACCGGUGUACUCCGUUGAGGAGGAUUUUUUAAACAAUACGCUUGCUAAAACAAUAGAGUCUUUGAAGGAUUGCACGGAGGAUGGAGAGUAUGCAGUCUACGGUACCAUCAAAGGUGUGGAUGGUGGAGCUGAUUGGUUCAUACCAACGUGUAGGUGUGGAUCGGAAGUGAUUCCACGGAAUGACUUUUACUACUAUAGCGACUGUAAAAAACAUGUUGUGAACGUGAUUCCAAGGUAUCGAAUUAAGGCAAGAGUGAGCGAUGCAGCAGAUAGUGCGACUUUUGUGAUAUUUGAGAGCGUUGGAUGUUUGUUGUUGCAUAAGUCCUGCUCUGAGAUGCUGAAAUUCUGUGAGGGCGUGCCAGGAGGAUGUGAACAACCAGAUGUGUUCAAACAAAUGCUACUUGAAAAGGCAUUUAUCUUCAAGGUUGAAGUCAAGACUGCAAACCUCAAUGAUUUUGAACCUUCCUACAAUGUGAAUGACAUAUGCUUUAAUGAUCAGAUCAUUGCAAAAUUUAUGGAGAUGCACUCUUCAUUUUUCUCUCCUCAGACGGAUAAGACUAUCGAGUAUUCAACUGAUGGGAAGACAAACACAGAAGUCAUUUCAGUUGGCAAUGCAUCGUCUUGCGUAAAGAAUUUAAUUGUGGACUUUGUGGAAUCUCAAGAUAGUCAUCUGACACAACCUAGAGAUGAUGUGAUCAAUCUUAUUCCCAUGAAAAGAAUGCAAGAGGAAUUGUAUAACGUUGGAGAUGGAGAUGACUCCGUCAACAAGAUGAGGAGUGUUAAGAUUGAAAAAAAUUAAUCAUUAUUGUUAUUUCUUCAUUGGAGUAUUAUGAGUUAAUUGUUGGAUUUCAUUACUAUAUACUUUAAGUUUUAUUUUAAUAUUUGCAUGAAUAAUGUUGUUGGUUUUGAAUAAUGAAUGUUAUUACACCUACAAUAAAUUAUCUUUUCCUAA